ACCAAUUCUUAUGCCUCCCACAGAAAGAAUCCACGUAUGGAUGCCAAAAAUCAUUGACUUGAUUCUCACCAAAUUAAUAAGAUUGAUAAUGAGGUACUCUACUCUGCUAUUUGGGAAGUACUAGUUCUUAGAUUAAUCCAAUUAACCUAGGAACAUGGUGAAGCUACUUUGGUCAUGCUUCUGGGUUAUCACAUUUUCAUUCCACUGCUUAACAUUAGCUCUCAGUGGAACUAACUUGACCACAGAUAAGUAUGCACUUCUUGCUCUCAAAUCCUCCAUCACUAGGGACCCUUACUUUUCCCUCACUCAUAAUUGGUCUGCCUCAUCAUCUUUAUGCAACUGGGUUGGUGUCACUUGUGAUGCUUACCACGGGAGGGUUAGGACCUUGAGUCUUGGUGACAUGGCUCUUAGUGGCACCAUACCCCCUCACUUGGGCAACCUCACCUUCCUUAAUAAACUCGACCUCGGUGGAAACAAAUUCCAUGGUCACUUGCCAGAGGAACUAGUUCGCAUGCGUAGGUUGAAGUUACUAAACUUGAGCAACAAUGAAUUUAGUGGAAAUGUUUCCGCAUGGAUUGGAGGUUUAUCUGCACUCAGAUACAUGAACCUUAGAAAUAAUAAGUUUGGUGGUUUUGUUCCUAAAUCUAUUUCCAAUCUCACAAUGCUAGAGAUCAUGGCUUGGGACGAUAAUUUCAUUGAAGGAAGCAUUCCAGCUGAAGUUGGUAAAAUGACCCACUUGAGGAUUUUGUCAAUGGGUUCAAACUGUCUUUCGGGGACUAUUCCUAAAACUAUUUCUAACCUAUCUUCCCUCGAAGGAAUCAGUUUAUCUUAUAACUCUCUUUCAGGAGGCAUUCCAAGAGAGAUGGGUGAGCUUCCAGAAUUAGGAACAAUGUAUCUGGGAAAUAAUCCACUUUCUGGUUCCGUACCAUCAACAAUCUUCAAUAACUCAGUGCUACAAGACAUUGAACUUGGCUCCAGCAAUUUAUCUGCCUCUCUUCCAUCAAACUUGUGUCAUGGACUUCCAAAAAUUCAAAUACUUUAUCUAGGUUUCAACCAGUUUUCCGGUAAAUUGCCAUCUGUUUGGAACCAGUGCAAAGUUUUGACAGAUGUAGAUUUGUCACAAAACAGGUUCACCAGAGGAAGCAUACCAGAUGACAUUGGAAACUUACCUAUGAUAAACUCCAUUUAUCUUGAUGAAGACAACUUGGAAGGAGAAAUCCCAUUAUCUAUCUUUAACAUAUCUUCCAUGAGAGUACUCAGCCUGGAAAAUAACAAGUUGAAGGGUAGCCUAACAGAAGAGAUGUUUCAUCAACUUCCAUUCCUACAAAUGUUGGCAUUGUCAAAUAAUCAAUUUGUGGGAAGCAUUCCAAGAUCUAUUAGCAAUUGUACCAUGCUUCAAGAGUUAUACUUGGUUGACAACUCCUUCACAGGCUCUAUACCCGAGGAGGUUGGUGAUCUUCCUAUGCUUGCGAAUUUAACUUUGGGAAGCAACCAUUUAAAUGGAUCUAUUCCCUCAAAUAUCCUUAACAUGUCAUCAUUAACUUACUUGCAUUUGGGAAGUAAUUCCCUCUCAGGAUCUCUUCCAGCACACAUUGGCCUAGAAAACUUGGAAGAACUGUAUUUGUACGAAAACCAACUUGGUGGAAAUAUUCCAAGAAGCUUAUCCAAUGCUUCUAAGCUUAACUACGUGGAUUUGAAGCUGAAUAAGUUCAAUGGAGUCAUACCCAGUUCUUUUGGGAAUUUGAGAUACCUUCAGGAGUUGGAUGUGUCGUACAAUAAUUUAACCACCGAUGCUUCCACUAUAGAAUUAAGCUUCCUUAGUUCUUUGAAUGUUCUUCAAAUAUCAGGGAAUCCAAUGCAUGGAAACCUUCCCAAAUCAAUUGGAAACAUGUCCAAUUUGGAGCAGUUCAUGGCUGAUGUUUGCCAAAUUGAUGGCCAAAUUCCAUCGGAAAUUGGAAAUUUAAGCAAUUUGUUUAUAGUAAGUUUGUACCACAAUGACUUGAGUGGAACAAUUCCAACAACAAUUAGUGGUUUGCAGUCUCUUCAAUAUUUGAGUCUUGGAAACAACCAACUACAAGGAAGCAUCAUUGAUGAACUUUGUGCAAUCCAGCGGCUGAGUGAGUUGUAUAUAACUGAAAAUAAGCAAAUUUCUGGAGUGAUCCCAACAUGCUUUGGUAACCUUACUUCUCUAAGAAAGCUCUACUUGAACUCAAACAAACUGAACAAAGUGCCCUCUUCUUUUUGGAGUCUCAGAGACAUUUUGGAACUCAACUUAUCUGACAAUGCUUUAACUGGAUUUCUUCCACUUGAUGUUGGGAAUUUAAAGGCUGUUAUACUGUUAGAUCUGUCUAGGAAUCAGAUUUCAGGAAGCAUUCCAAGGGCCAUCAUAGGGUUGCAAAAUUUGCAAACUCUCAACUUAGCACAUAAUAAAUUGGAGGGGAAUAUUCCUGAUUCAGUUGGUAGUUUGAUAAGUUUGACAUCCUUGGACUUAUCAAAAAACUAUUUGGUUGGCAUGAUUCCAAAAUCCCUGGAGUCACUUCGUGAUCUCAAUUUUAUCAAUGUUUCAUAUAACAGGUUAGAAGGUGAGAUUCCAAACUCUGGACCUUUUGAAAAUUUCACAGCUCAGUCUUUCAAAUACAAUAAAGCACUUUGUGGAAAUGCAAGAUUACAAGUCCCUCCAUGCAGUGAAAUGAAGAGAAAAAAGUCAAAUGCGCAUAUGUUUUUCCUGAAAUUCCUAUUGCCUGUGAUGUUGGCGACCAUUUUGGUUGCUUUAUGUGUAUUUCUUCUGAAAAGGCGUCAAAGAAAGAAUCAAGUUGAUGAUCCUGCUGAAAUAAGUUCAUAGAACUUACUAGCAACAAGAAUUAUUUCCUACAAUGAACUUUCACUGGCAACCAAUGGAUUUGAUGAGAGUAAUUUGCUUGGUAAGGGAAGUUUUGGCUCUGUCUUCAAAGGUAUACUUCCAAAUGGGAUGGUUGUUGCAGUCAAAUUAUUUAAUUUGGACCUUGAAUUAGGAUCAAGGAGCUUUAGUGUAGAAUGUGAAGUAAUGCGCAAUCUGCGUCACCGAAAUCUUACUAAGAUCAUUGGUAGUUGUUCAAAUGCUGAUUACAAGCUUUUAGUAAUGGACUUCAUGUCCAAUGGGAACCUUGAAAAAUGGUUGUAUUCUCAUAACUAUUGUUUAGACUUCUUGCAAAGGCUAAAUAUAAUGAUAGAUAUGGCUUCUGCAUUGGAUUACAUGCAUCAUGGUGCUUCGCCAACUGUGGUUCAUUGCGAUGUAAAACCUAGUAAUGUCUUAUUGGAUGAAAACAUGGUUGCUCAUCUCAGUGACUUUGGCAUUGCCAAACUUCUUGAUGAAGGACAAUCCCAAGAAUAUACUAAGACCAUGGCAACAUUUGGCUACAUUGCACCAGAGUUUGGAUCCAAGGGGACUAUUUCUCCAAAAGGAGAUGUAUACAGUUUUGGGAUUAUGUUGAUGGAAACAUUCUCAAGAAAGAAGCCAACAGAUGAGUUGUUUGUUGCAGGAUUGAGCUUGAAAAGUUGGAUUAGUGAAUCAUUACCCCAUGCCAUUACUCGAACUGUGGAUUCCAAUUUGUUACAGGAUGAAGAACAUCGUGCUGAUGACAUAAUAUCAUCUAUUUCAUCUAUUUAUAGAAUAGCCCUGAAUUGCUGUGCAGAUUUGCCUGAAGAUCGAAUGAAUAUGACUGAUGUUGCUGCAUCGUUAAGCAAAAUCAAAGUCAUGUUUCCGGAAAAGUACAGGCCAACACAAGCAAAUACGAUCUAAGUUUGUGCAGACAUCAAAUAAAUUAAUGAUCAACCCUGUUAAAAAAAUAAUAUAGUUUCUGAAUUGCUAAGAAAAUCCUACUUGACAUAAAAAGAAUGCUCUAGAUUUAGAUAAUUAUAGUUUGUGAAGACCUGGUCAAUAUAUCAUCUGUGUUGUAUGUAUAGGACUGCCACUUAAGUUGGGCCUUUGUAUAAGAUUAAUGUUUUAGUUUU